CAGGUCUCUCAUCAGAAAGAAUUCGCCACCAUGUACAGACUCGCUUUAUUGACUGUUGCUCUACUGAUCGGCUACUCCGCAGCCACCAACAAUGGUCACGUGGUCAAACCAGCGGCGGCGACCACCUACCCUCGUCUACCAGCACCGGUCUACACUUAUCCCCCUCCCCCCACUCCUGCCGAACUGGCCGCAGCUUACCGUCUCUACACCCUCAAGUAUGGAUAUGCCCCUGCGGCCCUUCCACCAGCACCUAUCAGCUAUGCACCAGUGACCUAUGCUGCACCUUUGCCACCUGCAUACUGGCCAGCCUAUGCACCACUUCCCCCACCCCCUGCUGCUGCACACGCCCACCACUUCAUCGAUCAGCACUUUGACUACGCCCACAGGCACGCCCAUCACCAUCAUCAUCACUGA